GGGUAGUAUACAAAAUGGCGGUAGUUUUGAGUAGAAAUGACCUAAGAGUUUACCUUUGAUUCUUGCCAAAUUGCCAAGCAAUAUGCGUUUUCGAGCAAGGAUGGUAGACAUCAAUUCCAUACAGCAUUUCACACGUGUCUUAGGCACGGUAUCUCAUAUGGCCAAGACGUGUGCCUUGCGAAUGACCCCGACAAAACUUUAUUUUAUACUGGCUGACAAUGCUGCUCUUGGGAGAGUGUCCAUUUGGUGUGAAUUGAUACAGAGCAACUUUUUUGAGGAGUAUCGCAUUGAAGGAAAGGAGGAGAGCAACAAUAUUUACCUUGAAUUGAUACCAGAAAACUUGAUGCGAGCCAUGAAAUCAGCCAGCAGUGCACAAGCCGUCAAAAUAAAACUUACUAAAAAACACGCACCAUGUUUAACUUUUGAGAUUACAUUGCCGUCCCUCACCAGUCACACAAGAAGUGUAGUGCAUGAUGUACCAGUAGGAGUCAUACCUGAGAGAGACUGGGAGGAUUAUAAGGAACCUGCCAUGCCUGAAUUUGAUGUGAGCAUCUACAUGCCAUCCCUCACAGUUGUUAAGAACGUAAUUGAACGAAUGAAGAACCUCAGCAAUUUUUUGAUUCUUGCAGCUAAUCAAAAUGGUUACAUGACUCUCGGAAUCGACACGGACUUAGCAUCUGUCACAACACAUUUCAAGAAUUUGGACACACCUACGUGGGGUGACACAUCGUCUCAACAGCGGAACCGGGAUCCUGACAAGAUGGCAGAGGCAAGAGUUGAUGUUAAGAAACUCGCCACCUUUCUACACAGUCAGCAAGUUAGUCCAAACCGCGUCAUCUGCAAUAUUGUGCAUGGGAAGGCGGUCCAGUUUCUUCUACUUCAUGAGGAUCUUUCUCUCCAGUAUGUUAUUCCAGCGGUUUCUCUCUGAUACUCGAACGAAAUGUCGCGGUUCACACUUCAUGGCUUGACAUGGCACUCAGAUUUCAUAGAGGGAUCUGUCUUUGGCCAGGCCUUUACUCGUUUGAAUAGAGUUCAUAUAAUAGAUAUACGAUGGAAAUCUCUGUGAGGCACUUUAUGGUAAACGUACGUUUUUGCUACAUUGUUGCGUCGAUAACUCCUUGAGUAACCCGUCGAUAAUCUACAGUAACUUCGUACAGCCUGACCUUAAGAACUUGUAGUCCUCAGUAGUAUAUCUCCGAGUCUUAUAACAACCAGUUUGAAUUCUUUAGUUAUUACGUUUCGCCAGAACACACCACAUAAAGCUUUACAUUCGUUUUUGGCGUUAACCUUUCGCCUUCUGUACACUUAGAAGUGUUUGCAUGUAUUUGAAAACUAAAAAGUUUGAAAAAAACUGCAAAACUGAUGGUGAAAGAUUGUCUUGAACCGUUGCCGGACCGAGAAUGACAUGAAACAGUUCUGACUCAAGACGAAUCCGACGCCAUCAUGUCAAAGCAAUUUUCGACUGAGAGUCGAAAGUAAUUGAGGAUCACUUUGGGUUUCUUCUCCUCGCUCUGUGAUUGAUCCCGAAAACCAGUCUCGCGUAUCUUCUCAACCAAUCAAACGCAGAACUAAUGCCACUCGUGACAUGCUCACUCGCGUUUUCCCGCGCUCUUGGCAGUUUGCCUGUUUUUAGUAUUCAUCGGCUAAUUUUAACGUCUCUUGUGAUCCGUUACUGUACAGACCCAAGACCAAAUGAAAUAUAUUUGUCUUUCGUGAUAAAAAAGCAAAAGAUUGGCAAUGGUGACGUAAUCUAUGCGUCUGUGCUACAAUAGAUCAUAGGUAAGAACCCAUCAAAAAGCGUGUAGGAUUUUUCUUAUCAUAG